UGAACGGGUUGGAAUGAAACCAGUAAGGGCUGCAAACAGCUGCCUGAUCUCAAGACCAUUCCCAAAUCGCACAUUCUCAUCAGCCACUAGCAAGAAAACAUGGGCAGACAGAAGGUGUGUUUGGAAAAACUGUGCCGGUUCUUCCACAUCCGGAACCAGCUGCUUCGUCAGGCCCUUGCAGAGUGUCUUGGCACCCUCAUUCUUGUGAUGUUUGGCUGUGGUGCUGUGGCCCAGCUAGUGUUGAGUGGAGGUUCCCACGGCUUGUUCAUCACUGUCAACUUUGCCUUCGGCUUCGGUGCCACCUUAGGCAUCCUGGUCUGUGGCCAGGUAUCAGGUGGCCAUCUGAACCCUGCAGUGACAUUUGCCCUCUGUUUGCUUGGAAGAGAGCGCUGGAGAAAGUUCCCUAUGUACUUCCUUUUUCAGACAAUCGGCGCUUUUUUUGGUGCUGCCAUAAUUUUUGGCAUGUACUACGAUGCCCUGUUUGACUUUCCUGAAUCUUUCAAUAUUACUGGGCCUACUGCUGGCAUCUUUGCUACCUACCCUGCAACCCAUCUCACAAUUGUCAACGGCUUCUUUGAUCAGUUAAUUGGCACAGCAGCGCUGAUAGUUUGUAUUCUAGCUAUUGUGGAUCCAUACAACAACCCCAUCCCCCAAGGACUGGAGGCCUUCACUGUGGGAUUUGUGGUUCUGGUCAUUGGAUUGUCUAUGGGAUUUAACUCUGGUUAUGCUGUCAAUCCUGCCCGAGACUUUGGACCACGUCUUUUCACCUCUAUGGCAGGGUGGGGCAGUGAUGUUUUCACGGCUAGAGACGGCUGGUUCCUGGUGCCCAUUACUUCCCCAUUCAUUGGCUCCUUCAUCGGUGUGAUAGUCUAUCAGUUGAUGGUUGGCUUCCAUGUGGAGGCAGAAGCAAAGUACAAGAUGAGUAGAGAGCAGGAGAAUGUCCGACUCACCAAUGUUGCCGCCAACGACAACUCCAAAGAGGAUACAAAAGAAAUGCACUGAGCAAUGUUACAUUCUGUAUAUACUCACACACACCAGCUAUUUGUCCUUCUGGCCAUAAGAAUUUUUUCCAAACCAUCUUACACACAGGUGUUACUUAGCUGGGAUAUCUCCCACAGUGAUUGUAUUAUAUUGUAGAGGAAUGUUUAUGUAUGUGUAGAAGAGAGAAACACAACACAGAAACACAGAAUUACAUUAAUUCUUUUAAGAGAUGAAUAUUUGAAUCCUAGUGUCUAUACCACUGCAGUUUGAACAGUAUUGUAUGCUUUAUACCAAUAGUUUUAUGUAAUUUUUUUAAUAGUUUUUAAUACUUAACUACUUAAAGAAACAUUUUAUUUAGAAAAAUGUCCAUCUUUCCCAACCAAUUUAUAUACAUUUUGUCAGUCCAGAAC